CCUAUAUAAUCUACGACAGGCUGUUUAACUCCCCACCUCCACCUCUUUCUGGCCCCUCUCGUCACCGAAGACAUAAACUUUUUUUUUCCGAGAACUGUAGGAUUUCAGGAUCCCCCCAACACCACGUGACUGACACAGGACCGGCCUAGCAUGGAGCCCCACAGAAGGCGGAGUGGGACAAUGCUGCUGUCCUUGUUCCUGCUCUUCUGUAUAGUGAACACAGCCAAUUCGUCUACUACAAUAGACCCUUUGGACACAACCGAUUCUGGGGCUACAACCGAUUCUAGGAACACAACCGAUUCUGGGGUUACAACCGAUUCCUGGAACACAACCGAUUCUGGAGCUACAACCGAUUCUUGGAACACAGCCAAUUCCUCUACUACAACAGACCUUUGGAACACAACCGAUUCUGGGGCUACAACCGAUUCUAGGAACACAACCGAUUCUGGGGCUACAACUGAUUCUUCGAACACAACCGAUUCCGGGGCUACAAUUGAUUCUCGGAACUCAACCGAUUCCGGGGCUACAACCGAUUCUUGGAACACAACCGAUUCUGGGGCUACAACCGAUUCUGCAACUUCAACAGAAUCUGUGGACGUUAGUUAUGGGGAGGAGAACACUACUGAUAUGACAACCACAGAGGAAACUACUGAAGCCUCCACAUCAACCACCACCAGCACCACCACAACAACCACCACCACAACCACCACCACAACCACAACCCCCACUGCUGCGACUGCAACCCCACAGGGUGGAUUGCCGUCAUUGCCGGCAGAUGCUAACCAGAACGAGUUCUACCCCUGGGGUCCGAGCGUGAACGACAGCUCUCUCAACCGCACGUACUAUUGGUGGUGGUCCCACUCAAGUGAGGCCUUGUCAAUCGACGGAGGUGCGCCCCUGGGCUCCAGCCGAUUCGAUACGAUUUAUGUGUUGCCAAACGGAGUGAUAACGUUCGGCCCCAAGCAGUACGCAUGGUGGCCUAAUCUGUCCUACGCUGACGGCAGGGUUCGGAACCUGAUCGCUCCGUUCUGGGCGUACACGGACUACCAGAAGGGCCAGGUGUUCUACCAGCUCUACGACAGGAUCAACAACGACUCGCCCAACGUCUUCUCCCUGGCCACAGCUGACGUGCGGCAGUACCUGCAGGGCAGCGGAGAAGAGGAAGACUUUGACCCCACCGCGGUUCUGGUGGUCACCUGGUUGGACAUGGAGCCCUACAACUGGUGGUCGUGGUACUGUCGCUACUACAGCCGGUACUACAGCGGUUACUACAGCAGCUGGUUCCAGAGAUACAUCGCCAAGUACUGCAACAACUCACAGGUCCCUGAACGAAACAGCUUCCAGGCUGUGUACAUCACGGACGGUCAGCGAGCCUUUACCCUGGUCACUUACAGACUUGUUCGACUGUCCGUGUACCCUGGAUCGCUUGGGCCGACAGUGGCGGUGGUACGAGUGGAUAAACACAAAUACCGGUUACGACAUGUGUUUUGCGCUAGGCACCGCUGCCAAAGAACGUCUGGAGAGACUGAGAGGAAACACGCUCAACAGACUUUGCUGUUACAGAUAUACGCGGCCCAACAGAUCCGAUUACAGCACCAGCUGGGACUACUGGGAAGCUCUCUGGAACGCCUGGCGGAGAGCGCCCUACAUCCCUUUUGGAGACUCGAACGCGGGCCGCCUACUGCUGCACGACCCCUGGUGGUGGAGGAGAACAGGCAGACAGUCCCGCCUGGAGGACAUCGAGCCACACCGCUACUGUUGUGUCCAGAACCUCUACCCCUUCUCCUGUGACCUCUUCAACAUGGUGCGCCCCCACUCCACCUGCAACCCCAACGCUACCUUCAUCUCAGGCAGAGCGCUGGGUGACCCUCACGUGAAGACCUUGGAUGGACAAGACUACAGCAUGAACGGCUUAGGGGAGUUCAUUCUACUGUCGAUACCGUACGAGAAGUUCCAGUUCCAGGCCCGGACCGCUCAGCCCGUGAGCUCCUCUGGAGAGUCCGUGCAGGCCACGGUGUUUGUGGCGUUUGCCGCCAAGGAGGGAGACAACGCCCACUUCCAGGUGGAGCUAGAUGCUAAUAAAACUGGAAUGGUGCUCCAGGCGAACAAUGAAGACAUCACCACAGAUUUCUACGCCAGUGACGACUUCACCAAGUCCGGAAGCGUGGACGUUCUAAGACGACAGCGGGAGUCAGACGACAAGGUCACGGCCGAAGUCACCUUUGGCUCAGGAACCUCCCUGGUGUUCUAUGUGGGUCAGGGCAACCUGGAGUUCUCCGUGGACGUGCCAACCAGUCUCCAAGGCAAGUGUGAGGGUCUGUUGGGCAACUAUGACGGCGACAAGGACAAUGACUUCGCCCCGCCCUCUGCCGCCACCACAGGCACCUCCCCCCUUCCCGCCAACUCCACGGAGAGGCAGAUCCUCAACGACUUCGCUGAGAAAUGGCGAGUACUGAGCACCAACACCGUGUUUGUGUACGAGGAAGGAAAGACCACCCUGUCCUACCAGAACUCCAGCUUCCUCCCCAUCUUCCUGGACGAGGUCAACGCCACAGCGCGCCAAGAAGCCGAGAGCACGUGCGGCAGUGACGUUGCCUGUGUGUUUGACCUCAUCGCCACCAAGGACGAAACGUUCGCCAAGUACUCGGCACAGGUCAACGCUGAGGCCAACCUGGUGAAGCAGAGUCAAGACAACAACAUUCCCGAAGUAAGUCUGAACAAGAAUCAGCUCAACAGUGCCGGUCACUGGGUGGUCAGUCACGGCCAACAGGCGACCAUCACGUUCAGCGGCUCUGACUCCGACGGCCAGGACUUGACCUUUCACCUCUCAGACGACUCAACCUCUGGUGUGACUAUUGACAGCGACACAGGUGUCGUGUCGUACACCCCGGACUCCGAUACGGCCGUCACGAUUGGCGCGGAGUGUGAGACAGAGGUGGACGCGUGUAGCGAAGAGCCGUGUUCAGAGGGCCAGGCGUGUACUAACGUCCCCUCCACCAACACCACGGCUACUGUACGCUUUGAGUGUGGAGACUGUCCAGACGGCUAUCAGAACCUGGGAGAUGGGGCCUGCAACGACGUGAACGAGUGUGCCAAUACGACAGACGCGUGUCCCGCUCACAGCACGUGUGUCAACACAGUCGGCUCCUACGAGUGUCCGUGCGAUGAGCACUUCAGGGAGGACGGAGCAGGAAACUGCACGGAUAUCGACGAGUGUGCAGAGGCCACCAACAACUGUGACCAUGACUGCACCAACACAGAGGGGAGCUUUGAGUGCGGUUGCUUCCCGGGAAACACUUUGCAGUCAGAUGGGCACAGCUGUGAGAGAGACACAUCCCUGAGCGCAGUGUGUGCGUCUGCAAACUGUACUGAUGUGUGUACCAGCGAUGACGGCGGUCUCACGGCGCAGUGUGGUUGUGCCAAAGGCUAUGAGCUGCAGGCUGAUGGAAGAACAUGUGAAGAUGUGGACGAGUGCUCAGGCAGUAAGAGGUUUUGUAGUCAGCAGUGUCAGAACAGUGACGGAGGAUUUACCUGUUCCUGUUACCCUGGGUAUCUGCUGGAUGGUGACGGGACUUCUUGUACAGCGUGCUCGACCCCGUACUUCGGUGACCAGUGCUCUGACAUCUGCUCCUGUAACGGCCGCGGGAGUUGCCACCACAUCAGGGGCUGUGUGUGCCAGGCGAACUGGACAGGGCCCGGAUGUGACGUGGACAUCAACGAGUGCCAGGUGGGCGAUGGUCCCUGCGGUCUAGAGGAAGUGUGUGCCAACCGCAUCGGGGGCUACUCGUGUUCCUGCCGGGCUGGCUACCUGAGGGCGGCCGGUGGGGACUGUGAAGACAUUGAUGAGUGCGAUGACCUUCUCCUCAACGACUGUGACUACGAGACAGAAACUUGUGUGAACAGCCCGGGGAGCUACCUCUGCCCCUGCCGGAGAGGCUACGCCAGAGAUGCCGCAGGAAACUGUGAAGAUGUUGACGAGUGCACCUCUAAGGCGGCGGGCUGUGAGCAGGAGUGUGUGAACACGGUGGGCUCCUACAACUGUCGCUGUGUGGUUGGCUACCGGCUGAGCCAGGACAGAGCCAGCUGCGUGCUAGAGGAAGACUUGUGUGCCGAGGCCAACCUGACCUGCCAGCACUUCUGUAAGCCGGACUCUGAUGGUACUGCUGCCUGUGGCUGCAACAGUGGCUAUGAACUGACCACUGCGAUCGACUGCCAAGACAUCAACGAGUGUGACCCCAAGUAUGAUCACCUGAACCUGUGCAGCUACAAGUCUGGCUGCAACAACACGGAGGGCUCGUUCAAGUGUGCAUGUCCGGCUGGCAAAAAACUCGACAACGAUGGACGAUCUUGUAUAGCCUGCACAGGUGGCUACUGGGGCAUCGAGUGCGACAAGGCGUGCAAGUGUUCUGUCGGAGCGGACCGGUGCGACCCUGUGCUAGGCUGUGUCUGCAAAGAUGGAUAUGAAGGAGAGCUGUGCGAUACUGACGUGGAUGAGUGUGAGCGCGGACUGCGAGUGUGUCGCUCCACGGAGGAAUGUGUCAACCUCAUCGGCACCUCACUGUGUCAGUGUCUGCCCGGUUUGGAACUGGACAACGGAAAUUGUGUGGACGUGGACGAGUGUGCUGACCCUGCCCUGAACACUUGCCCCCAGGCCUGUGAGAACAUUGUGGGAUCCUUCAGGUGCUCCUGUUUCCCGGGCUACACCUACACCAACGGGUCUUGUGAGGACACAGACGAGUGUUCCCUGAAGCACGAGUGUCAGGGAGACUGUGUGAACGUCCCGGGAGGUUACCGCUGCUCCUGUCCCACAGGCCUCAAGCUCAACUCAGACGGCUUGUCUUGUCGGGCUGAAGAAAGCUGCAGCACCAACAGUUCCUGCACGUACCAGUGCGCUGUGGUAGGUGGACUUCAGAAGUGUCUUUGUCCGAAAGGCACAGAAUUGAACACGGCAGACAAAAUAUCUUGUGAUGACGUUGACCUCUGUGCGGGUCACUCGUGCGCCGGUGGCUGUAGAGAGGUGUCCAACAACCAGAGCUUUGAGUGCACGUGUCCGGUGGGGAAGAGGCUGAGUGCUGACGGAAUCUCCUGUGAAGAUUGCCUGGAAGGUGCAUUCGGUGAAGGCUGCUCAAAGAACUGUUCUUGUGUUGAGAAUAACGUUCUAUCUUGUGAUAAGUCUGCGCCGACUACUUCUACGGGGAAGAAUGUCUGCUUCAGUGCAGCUGUGACAGAGAACACAGUAACGGGCCAUGUAACAAAACGAGCGGGGCAUGCGACUGUCAGUCUGCCUGGACCGGCCAUGUUUGUAGCCAAGAUGUGGACGAGUGUGAGACGACGGCAACAAAUACGUGCGCCCAGCAGAACAGAGAGAACUAUGCCUGCUACAACGAAGCUGGGUCCUUCACAUGUGACUGUGCCAGGGGCUAUGAGGACGUGAACAACACGUGUGUCAACGUGGACGAAUGUGCCCGAGACUCCACGAACCUGUGUGAACAAAUGUGCUCUGACACAGAGGGCAGUUACACUUGCUCCUGCACCACAGGGUAUGUGGUCAACUCCACAGACUCACACCUCUGUGCUGACGUGGACGAGUGCCUGCAGAGCCCGUGUGAGCAGAUCUGUGUCAAUGACCUCGGCUCCUACAGCUGCGGCUGCAAUGAAGGUUUCUCAGUCGACCCUGCAGACGCAAGCCAGUGUAGUGCCUCUGUGGAGGCAGAGUUUCGGACAACGAUCGUUGGUUACGAUGUCACGGGUCUCAACCUUGACCCUCUCAGUCUGGACUACACAACGAUGAAAGCUGUCAUGGAACCAAUGUUGAAAGAAAAUCUGGAGAAAACUAUGAGUGGUGUCACAGGGGUGGAGAUUACAAAUAUGAGAGCGGGCAGCCUAAUCAUCGACGCCACGGUGACCGUGAGUAGAGAGAGGAACCCAGAGGCGGCAAGUUCUCUGGUUGAAGCUCUCCUGGUCAUUGCCACAAACGGAGUUGUUGUCAACGGAACUCUCUACAGCGCCACACUCCUCAUUGGCAGUGUUCACAUAAACAGCUCUACCCCCAAGUGUGAGAUUCUGAGCCUCAUCGUCAACUGUACCGAUGGCUGUGAGAUUGACACAGCUUCUGGACAAGCCCAAUGUAUUGUCAUACAUUCCACUGAUCGUGGGUCUGAGCGUGGGUCUUCCUCUGGCUGUUGCUCUGGUGGUUGUCCUUGUCAUCAUCCUCAAGAUACAGAUGAAGAAGCGUGCAAAUAGGAGAGUCGACAGUCGCCUUGGCCACUACGAGGACAACAUCACGGCGGAUGACAACGGUGGAGGCUUCAACCGGCCGCUCAGUGCUGGGGAGGGGGGCUCAGACCAGAAGAGUCUGGUCAAGCAAUCGGGGCAGUCGGCCUGGUGAGACAGGACAUGACCCAACCUGACAACUCUGCACUCGGAGGACACGCACUCUGAUCACUUGACAACAUUUGUGGGGCAGUGUGGUGAAAUUAGGCGCUCGUCACAAUAAUGAAAUUAGAGAAAUCGGCCUUUUUCCCCCAGUUUUGCAAUUUUUUUACAAUUUUUAUUUUUUAGUUUAACACCUUUUAUAUCUGUUGAAAAUCACAUUUCUAUGAAGAUUUCAGUAAAAAUGUUGAUAAAGGGCACAAACAAUGUAAACUAUUUGUCUCUCAAGCUAUGUAAAACACCAGGCUUUGAUGUCAUUUUCUCGCUAAUUUUACCUCUGAAAUCAGGCCACCCCCCCUUCCCCUUCAAUUGCAAAUAUCUCGACUUCUAUUCCAGAUAGAUGGGCAAUUUUUUAAUCACAAGCAAGGCAUAAGAACAUGCUGUAUGAUGGUACCAAUAACUUCAUAUAUCCAACAAUUGACGAGCGCCUGAUUCCACCUCAUCGUGACACAUUUGGAGGACACUCACACACACUGAUCACUCGACCACAGUUGAACACACGCUUUUUUGAAUGAUCUUUAUCUUUUAUCUUUCAUCUAGAUUAAUCCUAACCUACUCUUUGCAUUUGAACAGAUCACAUUCCAUCUCUGUGGAUCUUAUUUAUCUCUUUUAUUGCACGACAGACACAUAAUAUCAUGUCGGAUCAUCAACAGGCCGAGAGCAAAAAUCACAAACACAAAUUUGCAUAUUUCAUUACGCAAGUUGUUGCAUGCUUUUUCAAAGUUUCAGAUAAAGCAAAAGGAAUUGAACAAUCUGUAUGAAGAAUGAAGCUACACUGCUUUUCCUUAAGUGCCCGAAAAGGGUUUUGAGAUAGUUAAUAAUAAUAGAUAGUAUUUGUAUAGCGCAAAUCCUCCGCUCAACAACAAGCUCUAUGCGCUUCACAAUCUAUACUAUUACCCCAGCAGACCUGAGAGCAUUCUGAAACAAACUCAACUUCCUGGGAAGCAUACAGUGAUUUAUAGGCACUAAAACACUAGCACUUAAGACUAACAUCACCGUCGCAUAAUUAUCUUGAUAGAGUUAUAGAGUAGGAGCCACCAUGUGAGUUUUCUGACAUCUUAACGUAAUAAAGAAUCACAAUCCGGUCAUUCUACUACACCUGAAUACGUUAUGUUUGGCCACUUUAAAAAAAGAAAGUAUUACUUCCCUAUCCUUACAUCUUUUACAAUUCUUUUUUCUUUAUCUGGAAUGAAUUUUUAAAAGUAUGGUCAGAAUUAUCAAUGAACAUCUGGAGUUGUGAGACUGCACAUGCCUUUUCUUGCUUCCACAAACUUUUUUAUAGGACUAUAAACAAUGUGCCUUGUCUGUACUGCAACGAAA